AUGACAAGGUAUCCAAACAGUUAUGGCCAUGAGAAGCAGGAAGAAGCUGGCCUUGAAGUGCAUCAAUUUUAUCCCCUUGUUGAGGUCGGUUGCUACAAACAUCUUAAAUUUUUUCUCUGUGCAAUGUAUACGCCAAUAUGCCAAGAUAAUUACGAAAAAAUGGUGAUGCCUUGCAUGGAAGUAUGUCUGGAAGCGAAGAAGCGGUGUAGUCCAUUGAUGCAGCAAUACGGUUUCAAAUGGCCUAUAACGUUAAGCUGUGAGCAAUUGCCAAGGAUAAGUGAGCAGCAGAGGACGGGAAAUAUCUGUGCUGCACCGCCGGAUACGCCCGAUCCGAGCAUUUUCGAUUCAACGGAUCCUGGAAUUACUUCCUCCAUACGACAUCAUCGUCCAAAUUAUCCCGUCAUUGGUAUCAACACAAUUGAGGGCGAGUGUAAAUGCCGAUGCAGCAGACCGUUCUUCAGUGUUUUGGACAGUCCGUCCACUGUUGCUAAUAUUUCCGGAUGUCUCUAUCCGUGUCACAGUCCGGAACAGAGUGUCAAGGAUCAAAGAUUUCUGACAGCAUGGAUUACUACGUGGUCCGGAACCUGUUUCAUACUAUCAGCAUUCACAGUGUUAACAUUUUUGAUAGAGACAGAACGCUUUCAAUAUCCGGAAAGACCGAUAUUUUUGUUAGCUUUCUGCCAAUUAAUGGUAUCAAUCGGAUUUAUCAUCCGCGUCAUCUAUGGCCAUGAGCAUAUCGCAUGUGAUACAGCAACAAUAAAAGCUAAUGAUCAACAGAUGAACCUUUGUCAAUUGAUUUUCCUCCUAAUUUACUUCUUCGGAAUGGCCGGAUCAGUUUGGUGGGUGAUCCUAUCGUUGACAUGGGUGCUAGCAGCAGCUAGUAAAUGGUCAAGUGAAGCAAUUGCAAGCUAUGCAAAUUAUUUCCAUUUCAUUGCUUGGUCCCUACCAGCUACCCAAACAAUUGCGGUGUUAAUUUUUGGGGCAGUCGAUGGUGACCCAUUAAGUGGAAUUUGUUAUGUUGGCAAUACCAAUGUUAAUUAUCUUAAGACACUCGUUUUUGCUCCAUUAACAAUAUAUCUAAUCAUUGGCGUAUGCUUCUUAAUUGUCGGCUUCUUUAAUCUAUGCCGGAUACGUUCACUAAUGCAAAAACAUCAUCCGGGUGGUGAUAAUACAUCAAAAAUGACACAACUUAUGUCUAAAAUUGGCAUUUUUUCCGUCCUCUACAUAGUGCCUGCGAUAUUUGUCCUAAUGGUACUGUCAUAUGAACAGCACUAUCGACCAUUAUGGGAACGAUCACAAUUGUGUGAUUGCGCAGAACAAUUCGAUCAACAAGAAGAUACAUUUACAUUGUUGGCAUUAAUAAAGAGUGCAUCGAUGCUCGUUAUUGGUUGGACUUCAGGUGUUUGGAUCAUUUCAAGAAAAACAAUUCAGAGUUGGAAACGUGUACUAUGUUGUUUUCAUAGGUCAACAAUUUCAAAGCACAAAUAUCAAGCAGCAGAUAUAAUUUAUGCUCGAAGUGAUUGCAUAACACCACAUAUGUACAACAAGGCAGUACGACACUGUCAAGGUUACAGUACAUCCAUUUUACCGGAAAAGGUUUAA